UCUUUCUCUCUUUUAUAUAUACACUUUUUUUUAAGUUAGGAAAUUUGAAUGCUAAAUAAAUACUUAAACCUUUCAUUAGAAUGGCAAAUGUGUCCUCUGUAAGUUCAUGUUAGAUAAAGUGAAAACUUGCAGUCAUCAAGGAGGACAAAUUAAAAACAUGAAUCUGCUUCACAGUAAAACAUUUGGAAAAAAUUUGCAAUAACAUUUUUUUUUUAUCAAAGAAGUGUCAAAAAGACACCUGUAUUAUACUAUCUACUGGAAGUUAAAAACAAGCAUGUUUAUACAUUAAUAGAUAUAGAACUUAAAAAAUUAUAUUGAUAUAAGUAAUUCACUUGCAUUCUAGAUUUCUUGCCCUUUCUGGUUAUAAAACACUUGCUGAAAUGAGAAAAGGACUUUUUAGAAAAUUUAUAAACCAAGGCAGUAACAUUUUAGUCAACAAAGCAUCAAUUGUUUCACAUACCAGGUUUUAAUAGUUUACUUAAAAUGCAAAAUUCAUGGCUUAGAAGACAGUUUAAUAGCUUUCGUUGGUCUAGAACAAGGCAAGGCUGUUCUCAUGCCUAUUUAAUAUUGUACUGGAAGUCCUAGAUAGAGCAGUAAGGCAAGAAAAAGAAUGUGCAUACAGAUUGGAAAAAGAGCUAAAAUUGUCCCUAUUCACAGACAACAGAAUUUUAUUUUUACAUGGAAAACCUCAGAGAAUCUACAAAAAAAGCAAGGUCACAGGAUACAAGUGUGAAGAUUGCUCCUGGAGCAGUUGUGUGUGUAGAAAGUGAAAUCAGGGGUGAUGUAACUAUAGGACCUAGGACAGUGAUCCACCCUAAAGCACGAAUCAUUGCGGAGGCUGGACCAAUAGUGAUUGGUGAAGGUAACCUAAUAGAAGAACAGGCGCUGAUCAUAAAUGCUCACCCUGAUAACAUCACCCCGGACACUGAAGAUCCAGAACCCAAACCUAUGAUCAUUGGCACCAAUAAUGUAUUUGAAGUUGGCUGUUAUUCCCAAGCCAUGAAAAUGGGAGAUAAUAAUGUUAUUGAAUCAAAAGCAUACGUAGGCAGAAAUGUCAUAUUGACAAGUGGUUGCAUCAUUGGGGCUUGUUGCAACCUAAAUACAUUUGAAGUCAUCCCUGAGAAUACAGUGAUCUAUGGUGUAGACUGCCUUCGUCGGGUGCAGACUGAGCGACCACAGCCCCAGACACUACAGCUGGAUUUCCUGAUGAAAAUCUUGCCAAACUACCACCACUUAAAGAAGACUGUGAAAGGAAGCUCAACUCCAGUUAAGAACUAAGAACAAGCUGUGACAUGAAGAUAACAUUUUGCCUUUGACCACUUUCUUUUGAAAGGGCCACAGUGUUUAUGCCCUUAACAGGUCACAGCAUAAUACAGUUGACUUUAUUUUAUAAAACUGUGUUAGAAAGGGAAGUGAUAGAUUUUCAUUGUAACUGUCCUCUAUAAUUUAUAUAAAAUGUAUUGUUUUCCUAUAUCCUUGUUCCCUUUCUGAUAAUUUACAGAUUUAGUUUUCUUUUGUUAUAUAAAAUAUUGGCCACUACCCAUGAUAGGAAAGGGCAUAUUAUUAUGUAUUUAUAUUGUGCCAUAUACUAAACGAAAUAAAAAUGUUGAUGACAGGAC